AUGACCAUGGCCAUGAAAAAAGGGUCAAGUGGAGAGAAAGAUUUUGUAAGAGAUAAGAAAUUAAGAAAAAGGGCUGAAAUCAAGUAUUUCCUACAAGACUAUUUAUGGAUAAUCACUGUUUCUCCUUACUGCCUCAUUUUAACCUUCCUUAUCUGGAUUUUGUUUCUGACUUUUCUGCAUCAACUUUCUUGUUUUGUCCACAGGAACCAAGAAAACCAGAGUGCUGAAGUCACUUUCAUUCUCUUGGGCUUUUCAGAAUAUCCAGAACUCCAGAUGCCCCUGUUCCUGGUAUUCCUGACCAUCUACACAGUCACUGUUUUGGGAAAUCUGGGCAUGAUCAUGAUUAUCCAGAUCAAUCCCAAACUCCACACCCCCAUGUAUUUUUUUCUCAGCCAUUUAUCUUUGGUUGAUUUCUGUUACUCUACAGUAGUGACACCCAAACUAUUAGAAAACUUGAUUGUGGAAGACAGAACCAUCUCCUUCACAGGCUGCAUCAUGCAAUUCUUCUUUGCGUGCAUAUUCGUGGUGACAGAAACCUUCAUGUUGGCCGUGAUGGCAUAUCACAAGGCCUUCUCCACGUGUGCUUCCCACCUGAUCGCUAUCACAAUCUUCCAUGGGACCAUUCUCUUCCUGUACUGUGUUCCCAACUCCAAAAGUUCAUGGCUCAUGGUCAAGGUGGCUUCUGUCUUUUACACUGUGGUCAUUCCCAUGCUGAACCCACUGAUCUAUAGCCUCAGGAACAAAGAUGUGAAGGAGACAGUCAAGAAGUUAAUCAAUACCAAAUUAUCGUGA